GUGUGUCGACCAUUAUCGAUUGAAUGUGGAGUGUAUAGCUUUGAUGAUUUACUAAAGCGAGCAUUAUUGCAUCCUUAGUAUUAUCAAGAGUUCAUUGCUAGUAUCUAAUUGAACCUGUGUGACAAAGAGAAGAAGAAGGAGAGCCUGCGAAGGAGGCUAAGGCUAGACAGGCUGUCUUUGUACAAUUGUAUAGUGAGUCUCCCCAACUGAAGGUACCUCGGAUGUCUCGUAUCAGUCUACAGCAGUUGAAGGACAAUACGGGAGUCACUGACGACCAACUAGCCUCAGUGUGCUCCGAUCAACACCUCAAAGAGUUAGCAGAACUUAUCGACGACUACCAACAGUUUGCCGUUGCACUUGAACUAAAGGGAUGGAGAAUUACGGAGAUUAAUACGGACUUAGCAAUGAAUUAUGUCAUGAAAACUCGCACGGUUUUGAAGCAGUGGAAGAAUGAGAAUGCUUUUGAGGCAACUUAUUUGAACUUGUUGAACGCGGUGCUUAGCCUGGGUGAGGGUGUUCUGGCGAUCAAGCUCUGUGAGCUUUGCAGACAAUGCAAUGGUGACGAUGAGUCUGCCAGUGGCCCUCCCGCACCAAAUGCCCUGCCUCCCUCAUUGUCAGACAGUGAACUCGACAUACUCAAGCAAAUGCAGGACCAGACUGGAGUAACAAAUGGACAAUUGACUCAACAGUGUUCUGUAGCUCAUCUCAAGACAAUAGCCGAACAUAUUGAGAAUUACGAACCAUUCGCUGAAAUAUUGCAAAUCAAACGGUGGAGAGUCACAGAGAUUAAAAUAGAUCCAGCACUGAGUUAUGUGCACAAGACCCAGGCCAUUUUGAAACAAUGGAGACAGGAUAAUCCUUAUGAGGCUACAUAUAUGAAUCUUGCACUGGCAACACUUAAACUGAAGGAAGGCACAGUGGCUGCUAGGAUCUGUGAGCUGGCACACGGUACUGCAACAGUUGCCAAUAAACAUGUUUAUGCACCUGAGUCUUCACCAUCUCCUCGGCCUGCAAAUUUGGAAGCUGUUCAAUUUGAAGUUUUGACAAUGAAUCAUUUUUCGAAUAUUUUCGAGAUAGUUAAAAAGGCAAGCAAGGAAUGGUACAACAUUGGUCUCGGACUUAAUGUGGAGAUGGAUGAGCUUGAGCAAUUUGAAGAUAAUUUUCCAAACGAUAAUGUUAAGUGUCUGAGAAAGAUGUUGACACGUCGCAUACAACAAGGUGGUCUGACUCGCUCCCUACUGUGUGAAAGCCUAAGACGGCCUCUAGUGAAGAGAAGUGAUCUAGCUGAUAAGAUUCAGAAUGCAAACCUCUUGUAGCUAUAAUUAUAGCCUUCGCAGUGUAAUUUGCAUGAAUUAUAAUUAUAGAAAUAAUUUGUUGGCAUAAUUAUACGUUUUUUACUUUCAUGUUAAUUGUGCUCGCUG